ACUUUGACGUCCGCAAGAACUCAACACUCAAUCUGGGAGAGGAAGAAAACCGGAGGGGAGAAAAGAUUUGUUUCUUUCUUUGGUUUUUGAAAAAUUCAGAGUGAAAAGCAGACAGCAGUCGCGGAGAUAAAAGCAAUCUCCUUUUUAGAGCUCGAGAUCGAAGGAAACCGUAACCCUAGAAUGUGGAGUUCAAUCCAGAGAAGAGAAGAGAUCGCUGGGGGAGAUCUUCCGAUGUACUGAACCGAGGCCUCUUCUGGAGACUCUCAACCGUGUAAGUCGCUUCGAUCCUCGGCUUCCAAUCGCUUUUCUUUAGGUUCGUGGUUCCACCUCUCCGCCGGUCGUCGUUGGCGACUUCCAUACCGUUACUUGCAAGGAAUUGGAUCCGACCGAGGCCCGGAUCGUGGGAUUCGGCGCGGAGUUUUAUGAUAUAGGUGACGAUCGAGGGAUAUUUGCGGUCGGUUCCUGUGGUGUCGGAAUCCGUCACGGCGUUGUUCUAUCUCACGCGAAGAGGAAAAGAUUGUUUUUAUGGGGUUUUAGAAAACGAAAGAUCGAAUCUUGAUCUCAUUUGAAGAUUUCUACUUUUAUUGGUGGUUGUGGAAAGCAAAUGGAGAAGAAAGAAAAGAGUUAAAAAAGAUCGGGUUUUUAGGGGCAUAUGUGAGGUCCUGUUACUGGCCUUUUGUAAGAUUGAAUAAAAAAGGGGUUCUUGAACACGGGGUAUAAUUUAUCGGAUGUUGCAGACCAGAACGUAUGUCUUGGAUUCUACUUCGCUUUGGUUUUAUUCUUUAUCUGUCUCCGGGUUUGGCAGCAGUCCUUUCUUGCUUUCAAGGGCCCAUAUAGAGUCUUCAAGGUUUGUUUUCUGUUCUUCUUGCUAAAUCUUUAUGCCCGUGCAACAAAAAUUUCCUUUUCUCGGUCUCCAUAAAGCACCAGCUCCAUCCCCUUGAGCAAAAAUGGUGCCUUCCGGGCCUCCAACUCCGGUUGGUGGAGCCCAGUCGGUCCCUCAAUCUCUUCUGCGAACAAACUCCGGCAUGUUGGGCGGAUCCCAGGCUAAUUCUAUCCCUUCUCAGCAACCCUUCUCUUCCUUGGUCUCUCCUCGAACACAAUUUAACAACAACAGCAACAAUAUGAGUUUGCUGGGUAACAUCUCCAAUGUGUCGUCCCUCCUUAACCACUCAUUUGGAAACGGAGGGCCUGUGUCUGGUGGUGGGCUCUCCAAUCCUCCGGUGAAUCUCCAACAGCGAGGUGGUGUUGGAGGUGCAGUUGAUAUGCUAGGCUCCUCUGAGCCUGAUCCUCUCUCCUUCACCUCUUCAUCUGGCCCCGCUCAGGGGCAGCACUUCCAAAAUCCUCCUCCUGCGUCAGAUCAAUCACAACCGCAGCAGUUUGAGGGAAUACAGAACUUCCAGCAACAGUUUUCAAUGCCUCACAACCAGCAGCAAACACAGCUUAGGGGAGGAUUGGGCAACAUGGGCAGCAUGGGUCCUGUCAAGUUGGAGCCACAGAAGGGUCCUGUCAAGUUAGAGCCACAGAUGGGCCCUUCUAAUAGUAAUGGUCCACCACAGCAAUUGCAAUCACUGCGCAGUCUGGGUGCUGUGAAAAUGGAACCCCAGCAGCUGCAGUCAAUAAGAAGCUUGGGCCCUGUUAAAUUGGAACGUCAACAUUCCGAUUCAUCAUUGUUUCUGCAGCAGCAGCAGCAGCAGCAGCAGCAGCAGUUACUCCAAAUGUCAAGGCAGCCAUCACCGGCUGCAGCUGCUCGGAUUAAUUUCUUACAGCAGCAGAGGCUCUUGCAGCUGCAGCAGCAGCAGCAACAGCAGCAGCAGCAGCAGCAGCAACAACAGCAGCAGCAGCAGCAGCAGCUUCAUAAGACCUUACCUCAGCAAAGAAACCAGUUGCAACAACAGCUUCAACAAAGUCUUCCUUUGAGACCUCAAGGGAAACCGUUGUAUGAACCCGGAAUGUGUGCACGGCGUUUGACCCAUUACAUGUAUCAUCAACAGCAUAGACCAGAAGAUAACAAUAUUGAGUUCUGGCGAAAAUUUGUUAAUGAGUACUUUGCUCCCAAUGCCAAGAAGAGGUGGUGUGUUUCUCUCUAUGGAAGUGGGCGUCAGACCACCGGUGUUUUUCCUCAGGAUGUGUGGCACUGUGAGAUAUGCAAUCGUAAACCUGGCCGUGGUUUUGAAACAACUGUCGAGGUUCUGCCAAGGCUAUGCCAAAUUAAAUAUGCUAGUGGUAUGUUGGAGGAACUUUUAUAUGUCGACAUGCCCCGUGAGUAUCAGAAUGCAUCAGGCCAGGUUGUCCUGGAUUAUGCUAAAGCAAUUCAAGAGAGUGUAUUCGAGCAAUUACGUGUGGUACGUGAAGGUCAGUUGAGGGUUGUUUUCUCCCCUGAUCUAAAGAUUUGUUCCUGGGAGUUCUGCGCUAGGCAUCACGAGGAGCUUAUUCCUCGGAGAUUGUUAAUACCCCAGGUUAGUCAACUUGGAGCUGCAGUGCAGAGAUAUCAGAAUGCUGUUCAAAAUGCAUCAUCUGGCUUAUCUACCCAAGAGUUGCAAAAUACUUGUAAUUCAUUUGUGGCAUCUGCUCGCCAGUUGGCUAAAGCUUUGGAGGUACCACUAGUAAAUGAUUUAGGAUAUACAAAGAGAUAUGUUCGUUGUCUUCAGAUAUCAGAGGUGGUAAACAGUAUGAAGGAUCUGAUUGACUAUAGCAGGGAAACAGGGAGAGGACCCAUGGAUAGCCUGAUCAACUUCCAUCGAAGGACAUCUAUGUCUUCGGGCCUCCAUUCUCAACUAGCUCAACAACGUGAGGAGCAGCAGACUGUUGUCCAGAUCUCCAACCACAAUGAUCAGACUGCUACUCUUGCAACUGCUUCGCAACUUACUUCUGCUAGCAAUGGUGUUCUGAGUGUUGAUAAUUCCCUUAAUGCCCCGCCAUCCAGCAGUACUGCAUCUGCUGUUGCUGCGCUCCUCCACCAAAACUCAUUGAAUUCCAGGCAAGAAAACCAGAUGGGCAGCCCCUAUGGUGGUGGGAACACCGUUCAAAUACCAUCAGCUAGUUCUUCCAAUUCACUGCCACCGACCCAGCCCAAUCCUUCAUCUCCAUUCCCCUCGCCAACACCAUCCACAUCAAACAACAACACAACCCCAGCCUCGCAUAACACCACCCAUUUGAGCUCUGCUAAUUCACCUGCGAAUAUGUCUACAAUCCAGCAGCCAUCAACAGUGUCUCAUGAAGCUGAUCCAACUGAGUCGCAGAGUUUCUUACGAGAGAUGAUGAUGCCCUCUCAGCUAAAUGGUGCCAAUGCCUUGGGAAAUGAGAUGAAGGGAAUUAAUGAUCUGACACCAGCUCUGAAUGGAGGCAACUGCUUGGUUGGAAAUGGCAUGGCGAACAGCUCAGGCAUGGGCGGCAUGGGGUUUGGGAGCGUGGCUGGGAUUGGCUCAUCGGCAACACCGAGUGGGUUAAGAGCAGCAAUGGCAGCAAUGGCGAACAGUACUAUGAGCAUGAAUGGGAGGGUUGGAGUGAAUCACAUCUCACAGGAUCCAACAGCCAUGAACCAUCAACAGCAACAGGAUAUGGGAAACAGGCUGUUGGGAGGGCUCGGACAAGUUAACAGCUUCAAUAAUCUUCAGUUUGAUUGGAACUAGUGAAAUCAAAUUUUCUUAUGAUUGCAUGAUCUGAAGUGUGAAAAGAUUGCCAUCAGAUUCUUGCCGGUACGAGUUAAAGCCUAAGCUCAACUUGGGAAACCCUCUCCUUUACUAAUUUCUCGGAUUACCUUCUUCGAUACAAUCCUCGUCCCCUUGUUCUCCUUAUAGCUUACAGAGUUCCGACUCGUAUGCAAGGUGCUUUGUAUAUCAUGCUUCAGUGACAAAUUCUCGUUGAGGCGCAUAACCAAUGGGAAAAGUGUACUUAUAAGAGAGGUGAGAGUGAGGAGUCGAGCACAAUUUCUCUGGUAAUUCUUGAUGCUAUUUUAGUCCAGUUGGAGGGGCAGUCUGAGCAUUAGCAUGAGCUCAGAAGCUUUCUGGAAGAGAUGCAUAUUUUUGUCCAAAGAAAAUUUGUAGCCUGAAUUUGCUUGCCCCUUUCUUUUUUCAUUCUUGCAAGUUUUCUCAGGCAGUGUGAAAGAAAUCAUGAUUGCAAAGGUCAGAGUUCUGUGAAUGAAUGGGAAUUGUGGUGAUUCUGUUUCUUUCAACCAAUGUCAUUUCUUGGCUCUUCA